AUGGCUACUUACCAUCCAGCGGGGUGCAUGCAAUUGCCCCGAGCCAACGCCAUUCGUUCACGUCUUAUUGAUAUCUUCUCUCUCAUUGAGCAUUUGCAAGGCUUGAGCCAAGCUGUUCCACGGCACACUCUACGGGAGUUAUUUGAUCCUUCCCAUCAAAGGCAACUUAUGUUGGGAGAUCAACACCAGCUAGUGCGCUUCUCUAUAAAGCCUCGUCAUGUAGAACGGAUUACACAUGCCCGGAGACUGAUGAGCAGGCUUCGGGUGCGCUGCAGUCAGAGGCCACCUCUUUCAUUGUGGGCCGGAUGGGUCCUUGAGCAUCCUCUUUUCUCAAACUUUAUCAUCUUCCUCAUCUUUUUGAAUACAAUUGUACUGAUGGUUGAAAUAGAAUUGCUGGAAUCCACAAAUACCAAACUCUUGCCACUGAAGCUGACUCUGGAGGUAGCAGCUUGGUUCAUCUUGCUUGUUUUCCUCUUGGAGAUCCUUCUUAUGUGGACAUCCAACUUUGCCCUCUUCUGGAUGAAUGCCUGGAAUGUCUUUGACUUUGUUGUCACCAUUUUGUCAUUGAUUCCUGAGAUUGUGGUGCUGGUAGGGGUAACAAGCCAAUCAGUGUGGCUCCAGUUGCUGAGGAUCUGCAGGGUGCUGAGGUCUCUCAAACUCUUUGCACGAUUUCGUCAAAUUCGAGUCAUUAUUUUGGCCCUGGUCAGGGCCCUCAAGUCCAUGACCUUCCUCUUGAUGUUGCUGCUCAUCUUCUUCUACAUUUUUGCUGUGGCUGGUGUCUACUUCUUCGAAGGCUACACCCGGUCAACUCGCCAGGACCUGGAGUAUCACAUGUUCUUCUCGGAUGUGCUAAAUUCCCUAGUGACAGUGUUCAUUCUCUUCACCUUGGAUCAUUGGUAUGCACUGCUUCAAGAUGUCUGGAAGGUACCUGAAGUCAGCCGCACCUUCAGCAGCAUCUACGUAAUCCUUUGGUUGUUGCUUGGCUCCAUUAUCUUUCGAAAUAUCAUAGUAGCCAUGAUGGUUACUAACUUCCAGAAUAUCAGGAAUGAACUGAAUGAGGAGAUGACACAUCUGGAGGUUCAACAAAAAGCCGGCAUAUUCAAGCGGCAGAUUAUCCAGAGGAGACAAAACCUGUCCCCUGAGGCACUGAAGUCAAGCCAUAGCAAAACUGAUACCAGAACCUAUAAUGUGACCUUAUUUGGAAAAAGAGUUUUUGCAGGUCAGUUGGACUGGGAGACUCACGUGCACCAGAAUCUACCUGGGUUAAUGGAAAUGGAUCAGGAGGAACGUGUUGUUUGGCCCAGAGAUUCACUCUUCAGAUAUUUUGAGUUGCUAGAAAAGCUUCAGUAUAAUCUAGAGGAGCGUAAGCGAUUGCAAGAGUUUGCAGUGCAGGCACUGAUGAACUUUGAAGACAAGUAA